AUGCACCGGGGACACCACUCUCCCACCAAGGUCACUCCCUCCCCGUCAUCUCCCCUCCCCGUCAUCUCCCCUCCCCGUCCUCUCCCCUCCCCGUCCUCUCCCCUCCCCGUCAUCUCCCCUCCCCGUCAUCUCCCCCCCCCCCCGUCAUCUCCCCUCCCCGUCAUCUCCCCCCCCCCCCGUCAUCUCCCCCUCCCAUCAUCUCCCCUCCGCCUCCGCUCCUCAUUCGUUCCCUCUUCUCGCCCUCCCAUGCCGUCCAUGCAUCUCCUCGCUCGCCCUAACCUUCUCCCCACUCCCCUCUUCCCACCGUCCGACUCCUCUAUCUAUGCACUAUGCAUGCUUGCCCAUGUGCGAGUGGUGUGGCACGUGGAGGGGCAGCAAGCGCUGUGGGAGGUGCAGGCAGGUCGCUUACUGCAGCAAGGACCACCAGGUUCGCCCGCCGUGUCUUGCCUCCUCCCAUGCUGUUUUACAACCAUCACAGCAUCACAGCAUCACACCGUUCGUUCUCCCCCUUUCCUGCACGGUGCCGUUGGGAGUGCUGCCCCCUCCAGUGCUGCCUCCUCUGCUCCUCUCACUCCUCCGCCUGCUGCCGCUGCUCCUUCUGCCCCGUCCCAUCCUCCUGGCACCGACACGUCAGCAGCGAGGAUACCUUCCACGUCAGCAGAUGCUGAGUCAGCAGGGGGUGCAGGGAAUGACGUGUCAGAAGCGGAUUGGAGAGUAACGGUGUUGGACAGGGGCGGGUGGAAGGAGUGGGAGAUGGUGGUGGAGGAGGAGGAGCCGGAGGAGGGAGAUGAGGGGGAGGAGGAGGGGGAGGGAGAGGAGGGAGAGGAGGCAGGGAGAGAGGGGGGGAGUGGAGGGGAAAAGGGGGCGGGGGUGGGGCCCAGGGGGGCGGAGGUGCGGCGGCUAAUGAGGGAGUAUCGGGAGCGCACCAAGGCAGAGGGGCCCAUCGCUGCCAGCGAGCUGGAAGGCUUCGGAGAGGGAGCGGAUGUGGAGAAGAAGCAAUGGGCCGCGUUUCAGGCUGUGAUUGCCAAGGCACCUGAACAAGUGAUCAGAUACUGCCGAUCAGCCACCGCCCGUCCGCUGUGGCCUCAGCUGCAGGGGCAGCCACCCAGCCAGGCUGCCAUUCCUCCCUGCAGCGGCUGCGGGGCUCAGAGGAUAUUCGAGUUCCAGGUGCGCUCAGGUGGAUUCUCAGGUGGGUUACCCCAGUGCGUUCGGGUGGAAGUGUCUGAAGCCAGGGAUGUCUUUUCCUCCGCCCCUUCCACCAUCGGGUUCCUUCACUGCCGUUGCGGCACCAGCCUGAUGCUGAAAGGGAGUGAGUGGGGGGCACUCACUGCCUCACUCACCGCGCGGCUGCCCACCAGCCUCCAAUCACCGCUGGCCAUCCCGUGCUGGCUGCUCAUGCACGUGCAGUGCAGCCCUCUCCUCUCCACUCCAUCCAUGCUGCUGCACUCACCUCCCCCUUCCCCUCGAGUACCCUGUUCCAUCUGCCGUCCGUGCUGCCUACCCACAUCCAUCACUCCAUGCACUCCCCCAACCCAAGCCACCCACGGUGCAAGCGUUGCUGUUGCUGCACUCUCAUGCUUCAUAACACAUCCCUUGCUUUCCCUCUUUCACCCUUCCCGCCCCCCCCCCCAGGUGCUCCCUCAAAUCAUCUACUACAGUGCGCCUGACGCCACUGCUGACUCAGCACUGGACUUCGCCAUGCUGGCAGUCUACGUCUGCCCCAAUUCCUGCUGCCGCUCUUCACCGUUCAGCACCGCACAGCAGAGCAGUGGCACCGACCCAAGCAGCAGCACUUCAACUGAAGACACCGCAGGCGGGACUAGUGCAGAGAGAAGCAGCAGAGAUGCAGGCAGUGGGCAGGCAGAGGGCGGCGAGGCAGCAACGCAGCACGGGGGUUUACAGGAGCAGAGCAUGAGGUAUGUGGAGGAGUUUGUGUGGGUGCAGCUGCCUUCCCAAGACCCCCCUGUUGUUGCUUCAACGGAUUGA